CGGUUAACAAUGAAUUCUUAACUAAAACCGGGGCUAAUGAUUAUCGUUUAACGAAUGGAGCCAACACUUAUACUUUACUUGAUGAUAAGGAUUAUAAAAUGGUUGGACUAUUUCCUAUUUACGAAUUAUCGGAUACGGAAGAGAAGUUUCUCGAUUAA